AUGAAAAUCCAACUUAUUAUGAAAAUCCAACUUAUCAUGAAAAACCCACUAAUCGUAUUUUUGCCCAUGUUCGGUUCCGUAGCGGGGUGCUUUUUCGGACGUUUUCUAGGAUCUGAAGCCGUUUACCAUUUAAAUCUGCUAAUCUUCUUGAUUUUCUUGGUUUUUCAAAUUUGUCUCUUUAGCUCCUUUAGGCAGUAUUUAGGAAAGAGGAUGACACAAUGGUGCUAUCUAGCCCUUGUUUGUCAAAUCUCCCUCUUUUUCGUUCUUCUACGUACUCAUGUAUUGGCAGGUUUUUGUACAUUCUCCGCAGAUGUCUUUUCUGUCUUUAUGGGCACAUUGGCAGUUACGGGUUCAUCUGGAGCGAUAGUUAAUCACCAAGCCGAGGCCUCCUCGGAGUGGUUGACCUAUACGUCCGAUAUGCUGGAAGAUUCGACCAGUUCCGGACGUAGCGAAUCGGUCAAUCAGCUUCCUCCCCAGGCAUCCCAAACGGAAGAGGGUGAACCCUCGGUCAAUCGGCGGGGUCCCGAGGAAGCUGGGCCUGCGCUUCCAGCUAAUCCAGUCCCUUCCGGGGGGGACGAAGCUGGGCCAUCUGUCCCCUAUCCCUAUCAAGGGAAUGAAAUUAUAGGGGGGGAUAGCGUUGGCGACAUCCAACGUCGCCUUUUGGCGGCAUUUGCUUAUCCCUCAUACGAGGUCAUCCAAUUAGCCCACAUUCAAGCCGAAGACCUCUUCGAGGUCAAGGUAGAGAUUGUGAAGGUAAUGGCUGGCCUUGAUCCAACGGGGGAUUGGAUGGGGCGGGGAGCUCGGGCCCUCGACAAUCCCCGUACCGCCACGGGAGAGCACUCCUUGGAGCAGUUAUACCGCCUGUUAAGUGCUCUAAAUGAGCGCGGUAAAGAGGCCCCAGAAUUUGAGGAACUCAAAAAUAGAGUGUUCCUCAAGAAAGGCGGCCCUGGGGGGGACUCUAUCGCAUAA